AGUUUACAUAUAUAUGUAAAUCGAACAACUAUAUCGAAGGUUUUAAUUGCACGCGGGUUGGAAACGCUGCUGAGCUGGAUAUUUGGGUACAAAAGUUUCAGCAAAAUAUAUCUUUAGAAGUGAUGUUCGUUCUGAUAUAUAUAUAUAUAUAUAUCUCGUAAUAAUUUGCAAAGUGUGAGUCGUUGAUUAGAUAGAGUUUGUUCAUUGUUAUUAUCUUCGUGUUACGCAUGUGCAAUACUCGCUACCACAUAGUAGCCGCUUUAAGUGAUGGAGCGAGCGACUCUUAAGGCCGUAUGUAUGAACAAUGCGAAAACCAUUUUUUAUAUUAGCAAGAUUUUGAGUAGUAAGCAGUAAGAAGAUGGUCGCGAGGGACAACUACCGGUGACGCUACCCAUCUGGUUUAUGCAUUGUCUCCUGAAUCGACUUCAUAACGUGAAUAAACGUGAUAUUUCUAUUAAAUUGUGCGAUUCAUAUCCGUGUGUCUUCCUACACGAAUCGUAACAUAAACUUUUCUAAAACGGCGGUAACGGUUGCUCCGACAAUUUUGAGGAAGUCGAUCUCUUAAGAGCCUCCUCAUGUAUGUAUGUCUGUUUCUACUAUGUGGUAUUUCGAAUGUUAUGAUUUUGAUGCGCUUCUUUCAGUGGAAAGGGAACAGCUCAAACGUUUCACUUCCAAGGCUGUUAAUGAGACGAAGCACGUGUCGAAUCGAACAAUGUAGCGGUGCCGGUGCUAUAAGUCAAGAAUAAAUUGACUCUACCCAUCUAUGUCUGUGUGAUUUUCAUUUACGUGCUGUAUACGAGUGUCCUGUUGUUAUUUGUGGUAAAAACAUUGUAGAAGUCCUCAAGCAAUUAUGGCCGAGCAGGCUUUGACCAAAGCAACUCAAGGACUCCCGGUCCACAGUUCUACGGUGUCUUUUUCAACUCAAGCAGCUACCGAAAAUACCAAAAAUAAACGGACGUCAAAUAUGAAUUGCAGUACACAUAAUUAUAAUAACGGUAAUAACGUUACGUCACAAAGGCAUCGCCGCCCGCGCGUACGUCUUCAGAAGAGUCGUUUGCUAGACGUGGAGUCUAAUCUCCGUCUGCUCAUGUUAAAAGGUCUAGUAGCAAGGAAAUCGGAUGCUGCCAUUCUUGCGACUGCACCGAGGGAGUUGCUACGUCCAAUUACAAUGGAACUGUAUAAAUCUCUUUCAUCAUUUGAAAAGGCUGAAUUUCGCCGUGGGUGUCGGAAAAUGGUUGAUGGAAAGGUUAAAAUUGAUAAAAACAAACUUUGCAAGGUCAUCAAACACAAAGAGAAACUCAGGUUGGAUCGACUACAAGACUUUGUUUUUAGCCGGCGUCAACAACGUGAGGAUGUCGCCGUUGAAACUGCAGCAUUGGCCACAGACCCUUCAGUCCCAGGACACUUGCUGCGUUUGGGUUCGAUUGCUAAUAAAAGGGCAAAAUUAGCUCUUGAUGGAAAAAUGAAGGCUUUCUCAUACGUCGCGAAAGUUGAGGGUCUAGAGGAUGAUUUACGCCGCAAGCGGAAACGUUCGAGUGAUGCGAUAAUAUAUUCUGGUGAUGAAGCCCCUGAAACUUAUGCACUGCAUAAACCUAAAGGCGGUCUUCCUGAGCAAAUGCCUGUGAUUGUGAUGCCCCAGGUGAUAAGGGAAGUAAUCAAUAACACAAAAGCUGAGGAAAACAUAAAAACUGUCAUCUCAGAACUGAAGCCAACAUACACUUUUUUCCUCGAAAGGUGUAAGUUGCUCAUUGGAGAUAAAAAAAAAGCCACAAUUAAACGCCGCUGUGAGAAUGAAGGCUUCCUCGUUGAUAUCGAUGGGAAAAUUUGUGCAUUGCACAUAACUCAAUUAUUUACCAAACUUGAGGAUUUCGCACAACCGUUGGAAUGGUUCGCUGACAAGCAGGAGUUGAACGUGUUUAUCCGGGACGUUCUAGAACUGGAGCACUGUCCGUUUCUGUCUCGGGUCAAAGGCCUCUCUGGUAACCUCAUAGCUUCUGCGACGCUGGUGCCUCCAGAUCAAUGGAUAAUUAAGGUUCCUCCGGGUAUGUUCACAGUAUACACCUGUCCACCCUCAUCUGCUCAAUCGACCACUGAUCGGAUAGAACUCGUGGCAGCUCCCGCCAUUAUUGGUCGAAUGCCGUACCAGCUUUUUGAUGAUAUUGUUCUAAGAUAUUCUCACCUAAUAAAAUUUGGCAUUGCCAUUAAUGUAUAUGCUCAUCGCUCAGAGAGAACGCUCACCAAGUUCAUCGACUUCACUGGGUCAAGGAUCCGUAAAGAGGAGUGUUUUUCUGUGCCUAGCCGCGGCCAAGUGGUUCCGUUAGUACGAAUUAAUAUCUCUAAACACCUUCUGCCUUGCAAAUCACGAUUCACCGGAUGGAAGAUGAUGCUUCCGCUGACCGAAGCUCACGAUGAUUUCGAUGAAGUAGAUCGCCAUCAGGAUCUAAUCCCCACCCUUGGUGUAGUAAUGGCUGUCAACCAGAAAAAGCAGACAGCCAUUGUCUCGACAAGACCUUCCAGGAUCAGAGCUGCGACCAAGAACACAACGCUGUACGGGCUUUUAGCGAACAAUGUUGGAGUUGGUAAACCAAAGGAUCCCGGUGUGAUAAGUGCUCGUUUACUGCAUGGAAAAAAGGGCUCGUUCUUUCGUGGAUUUCUUGUAAAGCGUCUUACAAAUGUGGACAAACAAAAUGUUAUCCUGAAGGUUUUUCUCGGCAUGGACUUUCUUUGGCCCAUUUGGGGACACUUUGAAGAUGCAGCUACCAACAUGCUCGUUCGACGAUUACCAAAUUUUAGCGUAAUACGAAUUCAGCUUCUGGAAGAUGAGUUUCAUACGAAAGAAGGCGUAAGGGUCUGUCUGGCGUCUGAAAAUGACAACGAGAAUACAGAGCUUUUCCAAGCGGGCCCACAUAAGGCUUCUUUGAGAUACAAGCAGCUCGAAAACUUUAAUUACCAAACUGAGUUCAAAGACAAGUGUGACUCUGAUGAGGACGACAGACAAACUAGGCAGAAAGCAUUCAUACUAGAUGGUACAGACGAUGAAGGCUUUGACUGGAAUUAUGAUGCUCAACCGAAUCUUACCCUGUUGGCCCAACAGGUUACUGCGAAGAAUGACCGAUCAUCUACAUGCGAGUCUUCGGAUGAGGGUGAUGAAAAAGAUAAUACACGAAAAACUCUUUCAACAAAACGAACUAAAGCCGAUAGAGAAGAAGAGCGACGUAGAAAAGAAAAUCAGAUGCAAGACCAGGAGAAGAAACGAAUCAGACAAGCUCUGGGGCAACACGUAGCAGAAGAGGAUUCGCCUCAGACGGCUGAAGAGUUUGAACGUAAAGUCAUGGCUUCACCAAACGACUCGUCUCUAUGGAUCCGCCUAAUAGCUCUCCACCUAAAGCAGUUAGAAGUGGAUAAAGCUAGACAAGUCUCCAAAAGAGCGCUAAAGACUAUUCACGGAAGCGAACAAGAUAAGCUGAACAUAUGGCUAGCUCUACUCAACUUAGAGAAUUUGUACGGAUCGCAGGAGUCCCUCGACGACGCCUUUCGCGAGGCGGUCAAGCAUAAUGAACCUUUAAAGGUGCACCUGCAUCUAGCGAAAAUCUACGCUUCGUCACACAAACCCAAUCAGGCGCGAGAAGCCUUCGAAGUUUUGCUUAAGAAAUUUAAGCCAUAUAAAGAGGUAUGGAUUGAGUUUGGGAUGUGGUUAUUUGAAACUGGACAGCUACAGGAAGCGCGCCAAUUGCUCAAGAAGAGCUUCUCUUCAUUAUCUGAUAAAGAACAGAUCGACGUGAUUAGACGUUUUGCAUCAAUGGAAUUCUCACACGGUGAACAUGAAGUGGGCAAGAGUCUGAUGGAUAAUCUACUAUUGUCCUAUCCGAAACGAAUUGACUUGUGGAACGUCUACAUAGAUCAACUUGUUAAAUUGCAGGACUUCGACUCCGUCAGGCACAAAUUCAAUAAGCUUCUCACUGUUAAACUUCCGGUUCGUAAGAUGAAAUCCGUUUUUAAAAAAUGGCUGGACUUCGAGCAAAAGCAGGGAACACCUAUGGAGGUCGAAAACGUCAAAAGAAAGAUCGUCGAUUAUAUUGAUUUGGACGAUAGCCAUAUAAGAUCAUAAGCUGAAAAGUGGUCAAAAGAGGUCUUCACUCGAACCAACCCUACUGUAAACGCGUGCGCGCGUCUGUUCAAAUACCCAUACAGAUCUUGGCGGCGACAACACUACCAUUAUGGAAUUGUCUAAUGCAAGCGUUAACCAACUAGCGUAAUAAACCAGCAAGAUAUAAAAAUAUAUUUAGCUGACGCUGUAUUAAAAGAAGCAUAUGCAUACUUUAAAUAAAUAUGUAUUUAAGUGAAACAGUUGAUUCAUAGCAAAUAU